AUGAGUUUCAAGGGCUUCCAAAAGGGCCUCGCGCGCGCCCCGCAGCAGUUCAAGGUCAAGUUCAACAUCGGCGAGCAUUCCUCAGAUCCCGUCUACUCCGACGCCGAGCGCCGCUUCCAGGAGCUUGAGACCGAGACCAAGAAGCUACACGACGAGUCCAAGAAGUACUUUGACGCCAUCAAUGGCAUGCUGAACCAUCAGAUCGGAUUCUCCAAAGCCAUCGCCGAGCUGUACAAGCCCAUCUCCGGACGUGCCUCCGACCCCAACUCCUACAAAUUCGAGGGCAACCCCGAGGGCAUCCAGGCCUGCGAAGAUUACGAGACCAUCGUGCGCGAGCUGCAGGAGGCGCUCGCCCCGGAGCUGGAGCUCAUCGACAGCCGGAUCAUCAACCCGGCUGACCAGCUGCUCGAGGUGAUCAAGGUGAUCCGCAAAGUCGCCGUCAAGCGCGACCACAAGAAACUCGAUUACGACCGCCACACGGCCUCCCUGAAGAAGCUGGAGGAAAAGAAGGACAAAUCUCUCAAGGAUGAAAAGGCGCUGUACAAGGCCGAGAAUGACGUCGAGCAAGCAACGCAGGAGUACAACUACUACAACGAUCUGCUGAAGGAGGAGCUGCCCAAGCUGUUUACCCUCGAAGCCGAGUUCAUCCGCCCACUGUUCCAGUCCUUCUACUAUAUGCAACUUAACGUCUUCUACACCCUGCACGAGCGCAUGCAGGGCAUGCAAAUCCCCUACUUUAACCUGGACUUGGAUGUCGAGGAGGCCUUUGAGCAGAAGCGCGGCGACGUGAAGGAGCGUACCGAGGCCCUCAGCAUCGUCCACUUCAAAACUAAGGGUACCGUUCGUCGUUCGGACUCCAAGCUCAAGCCUGGGCUGCGUGGGUCGGACAGCAAGAGCUCGAUGAACCGUGCCCGCUCUUCCUCCAAUACCGGAAGUCCUCCGCCGCCGUACUCGUCUGCUGUCAGCCCCAACAGUCCUUCCGGUACCUUUUCCGACGCAGCCAAGAGCAAGGGUGCUCCGCCGCCACCACGGGCGAAACCCUCGCAUCUCAGCCAGCACCCGGCCGAGACCGUGACUGCAUUGUAUGACUACGAGGCCCAGGCUCAUGGAGACCUUGGUUUUUCUGCCGGUGAUGUGAUUGAGAUUGUUCACCGUACGGAUAAUCAGAACGAGUGGUGGACGGGUCGGGUCGAUGGCCGCGAGGGCCAGUUUCCAGCCAACUACGUGCAAUUGCAUUAG